UGUUUAGCGCGGGCAGACUGGCUAGGGCGCUAUGCUAACGGAGUUCCUGAGUAAAAUUGAAAUCCUCCAUAUUCACCAUUGUGCUGCUGUGUGACUUGACUAGCACAAUAAAAAGGAGGGCAAAGAGUGCUGAACCACCAUGUUAGAUGGUGGCCAGUUUGUGGAGGCCCUGGGCCGUCUAGGUUAUCCUGGUGCAUCAUCACUGAAGGCGUCUGAGUUUGACUGGCUGUUUGACUGUGCCCCGGAGAACCUUCACUUCUUGCGCUUUGUCUGUCGGACCCUCAACCGGAGCAAUGUUCUCACCACGGAGGAGGCGCGUGCUUUUCAGGAGCUACGAAAGUCUGGCAAACCACUCCUCGAUGAAGCAGCCUUGGGCGAGGUCCUAAAAACCAUUGGACCUUCAGAUGGGAGCAGUGCAAACAUCUUAGGGUCAUCUUCUUCAUCUUCAUCUUCUGUGUUUUCAUCUGAGGGGGAUGUAGCCAUUGAGGAUUUGGAGGCAGAGCUUCAGGCACUGCGUAAAGAGAAAGAGCUGAAGCAACGACGCUAUAACAAGUUGCAGGUUGUUGCCACCUCCCGUGCAGAUGUUGACCUACGACUUACUGCAGAACUGGAGAGCGCUGCAUGUCAGCUAAAGGAGACCAGUGCUUCCAUUGGAGCUGAGAAUGCUGACACCAAUGCUCUGUUGCAAACCCUAAAAGAUGUGGUGAACAAUCUUGCCUCACAUCUCCCAGUUCUGCCAGAAGCCAAGCAAAAAGGAAAAGGAGAAACUGUGGCCCCAUCAAACCUUUCUGUCUCCAAAAGUCCCUCUGUCCUCCUUUCUCAACUGUCCUUGGGUCCCUAUCUGCAUCAGGAGGAGCUGAACACUAAAUCACUGACUGCCUUCACUCAGAAACAUUUCUUCCAGGGCAUCUCUGACAUUGUUGAGACUUCUUGCUCUGAGCGCUUCCAGGUCCUUGAACUCAGUUCUUGUGAAGAUAGAGAGGAGGAAGAGAAUGAGCACAAAGGAAGAGACAGGGAAGAGCGAGUGGUGGAGCGCAGGAGGACUGAGAUGGCCAGACUUCAGUGGUCUCAUAUCGUGGCCCAGCACCAACUGAUGCAGGCCACAGCAGAAGAGAAGAGUGUCAAGGCUGGGUUGGACUGGCUGUCUGAGAAGUCCUCUCAUACCAAGAGCAUUUCCACCUCCUCCUCACUGCAUGUCCGUGAGGUUGUGUCAAGGAAAGAGCUGCAGAUAGUGGAGGCUGAACUGGAGGCUCUGCUCCAUGGACCAGUACCUGCUGUGCUUAGGGAGUCAGCCAGGCUGCUCAAUGUGCCGGUGGUUAAGGGAGACCUGGCCCUGCAACUGGCCAGGCAGGACUACUACACUUCCAGACAGGAUCAGAUACGAGACUACUUACUCCGCCAGAAGGCGUCCUUUGACUUAGUGCACCUGGCUCAGGAGGUGGAGUUGAGGAGGUGGAGGACGUGUCUUAAGCAGCUGGGAGAAGUUAACAGCAGACUGGUCAAGGAAGGUGAAGAAGCAACCCUCAGAAUCGAGUCCCUGGCCCACCCGGACCUGGCUAUCAACCCCAGGCCUAACCCUAUUAUCAGCGCCAAGGAUGCAGCCUUCAGCAGACUGCUCCAGAUCCUUGACCAUGAUUCAGACCACAUUCGAUCAGAGCCUUUUCGGACAUAUGAAGCACUGGACCAGGCUGCUCAUGACCUCGCAGGCAACCUCCAGGUGACCCGAGAUGCCUUAGCUGGUGCUGGCCGCGAGCAAGACUACACAGCUGCUCGUCUUAAUGGCGACUGUGAGGCGCUCCACAGGGCAAUGUAUACAGAGCUCCAGCAGCUGGUCUUAGAGCCGCAGGUACGUCCAAUGGCCAUGACUGACCAGGAGCUGCUCUGUCCCAAUGCACAGGAGCUGACAUCGAAGCUGGUGGAAGCAGAGGCUCAGCUGCAGAGUUUGCAGCACGUAAUGCAAGAAAUCAUGGGGGAGGUUAAAGCCAAGCGUUCUCAGCUGGAGCGCAAUGCCCUCCUCAGGCGAGAGAGGGAAUUAUACAUCUACUUUCACUUGGAUGCACGGUUGCUUCAGAAAGUUGUGGAGGAUCUAGAGGGCAAAAUGGCCGCGGAGAGAGGGCAGCCGUAAAACCUGCCAGAAUGAAUGAGGAGCGCUUAUAGCCAGCUAAAACCCAAUGUGCAACUUCUCUGCCAAGGGAUUCAACUUGUGUUCUGUGGUUUGAAGAGAUCUGAUCAGUACAUUCUGUGCUUUCAGUGUAGGAGCUUUGCUAACUAAGCCAUGCUCUGGUACAAAGUGUGACACUACUCAAAAUCUGGACCCUCACUUGGUUGUGCAGGAGCUGGAGGUCAAUCCCUUGAGUCUUCAUUGACUUAUCUUUGGGAGAGCACUCAGUUUGGAGAGAGUUUUGGUUGUGUAAGAGCAGUGCUGAGAUGUAACAUAUAAGUGUGUUUAUUUCAAACAAUUUUUACAUAAACUAAUCAGAGAAGAAUUUUAGAGUUAAGUGUUAAGUUUUUCUGUCUUGUGAUGUUCUGAAAUGCCCUUGUUUCCUUUUUGCCUUAACUCAUCUGAUAAAUAAAGAAAAUGUUAUCUA